AGAAGAAAAAGAAAAUGUAGACUGGGUUCAUUCGUGUAUAUAUACAGUAUCAAUCUAGUCUUCGUUUAAGUAUAAUUGUCCAGUCUUCUUCUGUCUUUCCCACAUGGCAGAAAUUCAAGAACUGCAACUCCUAAUCAUGGGUGUUCAGGAAGCUGAAGAUGGAGAUUCAAUUGAGGCUCGCGUGGCCAGCCAAGCCACAGUGCAACACUCCAGAGACUAUCACCGGUGGAUCAGAAUAGCCUUGCAUAUGUUCUUUGUUCUCUCCGGCCAAGCAGCGGCCACUCUCCUGGGAAGACAAUACUAUGACAAAGGAGGCAAUAGCAAAUGGAUGGCAACAGUUGUGCAGCUUGUAGGCUUCCCAAUUCUCCUUCCCUACUACUGCUUUCCAGCACCAAAAAUUUCCAGCACAAGCAGUAAUGAAACUGCCCCGCCGCCUUCUUUUCUAGUCCUUGCUUUUGUGUAUCUCUCCCUCGGUCUACUUAUGGCCGCUGAUUGCUUUCUGCAUUCAGUUGGGUUGUCAUACCUGCCAGUUUCAACUUAUUCCCUCAUUUGUGCAUCCCAGUUGGCCUUCAAUUCCUUCUUCUCCAUUUUCCUCAAUAAGCAGAACUUUACUCCAUUCAUAGUCAAUUCUUUAGUCCUUCUGACAAUCUCCUCCACGCUCCUGGUUUUCCAGAAUGACUCUGAGAACCCCACUGGCGUGUUGAAGGGGAAGUAUGUAAUUGGAUUCAUAUGCACUGUUGGAGCAUCUGCAGGAUAUGGACUUUUCCUUUCGCUUACUGAACUCACCUUCAAAAAGGUUCUGAAGAAGGAAACUUUUACAGCAAUCAUGGAUAUGAUAGUGUAUCCGAGUCUAGUUGCAAGCUGUGCUGCAAUGGUGGGACUUGUUGCGAGCAAAGAAUAUAUGAGCAUAAAGACACAGAUGGAGGCAUACAAGUUGGGGAGGAUUUCAUAUGUUAUGAAUUUGGUCUGGACUGCUAUAUCUUGGCAAGUCUUUACUAUUGGUGAAAUAGGAUUGAUCUUCGAGACAUCUUCCCUGUUCUCCAAUGCCAUAAGUGUUCUGGGUUUGCCUUUGAUUCAAGUUCUGGCUGUUGUAUUUUUUCAUGACAAAAUGGGUGGUAUCAAGGUAAUUGCCAUGUUGUUGGCUUUAUGGGCUUUCAGUUUUCUUUAUCAGCAAUAUCUCGACGACUGUGAGUCCAAGAAUGAGAAGAGAAAAGCCGAUGAAGUUGUUCAGGCCUCUAAUGGGAGUCAAUAGUUGAAUGGAAACAGGGAUCUCAGGUCCAACCAUAGAUGCAUAAUUUACAUGUGUUGAUCUCCACAGAAAUUGUAAAUUUUUUUUAAAAUAUAUAGUCAGAAGUAGAGUUGAAUAAAAUUUACAUUUUCAUUAAGAGAUAUCACAAAGUAGUGGUGGAUUCGAGCCCAUGUUUGGCUUGAGUUUCGAGACUUACCGACGGCAUUGUAUCAAAACAAUUUUUUUUCUAACAAUUCUUAUUUUUGUUAGGUAA